AUGGCUUCACACAUCAAAGACUCCUUUAAGCCCCUGUCACCAGAAAGUGGUGGUGAGGUAGAAAACAUAGAAUUUAUUCAAAGCCGGGUUUCUCCUGUGCAGUCGGAAGAAGACAUCUCUAACUCUGCUAGUGUUUGCCUCAACUUUUCAUCAAAUGACAAUGGCUCCUGUGCCGAGCAGGAGCUGCAAACACUCUGGGAGAUGUUUACCUCAUGGCUGAAGCCAGAAGAACAGACCAAGGAGCAGAUGAUUUCCCAGCUGGUCUUGGCGCAGUUUCUUAAAAUCGGGUACUCCAAAGACGAGUUGGCUGUAAAAGAGUUUUGGGAAGCAAGUGGAAGAAACCUGCGGAAACUCAUGAGGGGACCGACUGACAAGUGCUUGAAGCCUCCUGUCAUGGUUCAUGUCUUCAUGCAUGGGCAGGAAGCACUCUUUACUGAGAACAUGACAUUAAAAGAAGUCAUUGAGCGUUUUAAAGAACAGCAAUUGGUAACAACGUCAACUCUAGAGAAUGAAAGGACACCCUUGCCCAUAUCCCAAGACAGAUUAUUGGCAACAGGACAUGAAGACAGAAAAGAUGGCCAAGAUUAUUCCUGGAACUCUAGUGAAGAAAAUGGUUGUGUUACUAGUCCUGUAAAUGAGAUGGAUUCUCUUUUCAUUAUCCAAACAGAUAAUUUUCAUGAUCACAAUGAGGGAGCUGUUUCUGAUGAAAUCCCUCUGGAUCUCAGAACACAUCAGGAUGCUGCCAGGUACCAGGAAGAAUCUCAGAGUGCAGCUUCUUCUGGAGAUGUCCCCAUGGUGCAGAUACAACCAGGAAUUUCCUCCAGACCAGUGCAGAGUGAAGACUUCCAGUGUCAUGCAGCAAACUGCACAUGUGACCGUCACCACGAGAGACUCCACAGAGACACAAACUCUAAUCUUUGUGUUCAUAAGAAAGUACAAAAGAAGGAGAGGUCAUUUGUAUGUACAACAUGUCAUAAAGCCUUCUAUACUGUCUCAGACCUGCGAGUCCAUGAGAUCAUACAGAAGGAAGAGAAGCCUUUCAUAUGUCCUACAUGUAAAAGGUCAUUCAGCCAUAAAACCAACCUGAAUGUUCACAAGAGGAUACAUACAGGAGAGAAGCCCUACACUUGUUCCAAGUGUCAGCGUAGUUACCGCCAGUCAUCCACAUACCACCGUCAUCAGAGGAAUUGCCACAAAUCAGACUGA